GUAACGGUACGAGAGCAAAGAUGAGGUGCCUUGCACAAGUCAGGCCGACGGUGCCGCUGCUGCAACGUGCAGUGCCUGGGAGAAGUCUGCCACGGUAUGGCUCCAUAGCGACAAGGAAGCUGGCUUCAGCAUCUACAAGUGCCCAGCCCAGGCUCAGUCAACUUCGGGUCCAGCAGGACCGCUUAAUGGAGACUAUCCACUACACGUCCCGUUGGGGGACAGGAGCUCGAUGGGGCGAACGUCCGACUGAUACGGGUAUGUCACGACUCACGCUCUCGGAUGCUGAUAAGGAAGCACGGGACUGGUUUGUCGAUACCACACGUAGUUUGGGCUGCCAUAUUACUGUGGAUGCGAUCGGCAACAUCUUUGCUGUACGACCUGGCAAGAAGGAGGGUCCGGCAACGUUCGUGGGCUCUCAUCUUGACACGCAGCCAACAGGAGGAAGAUAUGACGGUGUUCUCGGAGUCCAAGCGGGGAUCGAGAUGCUGCGCGUUUUACACGAGAGCGAGAUCCAGACCGAGUAUGCUGUCGGUGUUGUGAAUUGGACAAACGAGGAGGGCGCUCGCUUCCCGGUGAGCAUGAUGGGUUCGGGGGUGUGGUCUGGGUUCUUCCCGCUCGAAGACGCGUAUAAUCUGCGGUCGGUGAUUGGGAACCAGGUAACUCUCAGAGAGGAACUCGAACGAAUUGGCUACUUGGGUCAGACGCCGGCAAGCUAUGAAAGCAUGCCCAUGGCGGCCCAUUUCGAGCUCCAUAUCGAGCAGGGUCCUGCUUUGGAAGCUGAGCGGCGGAAGAUUGGCGUCGUGCAAGGUGUCCAGGCUUACAACUGGUUCACAGUCGAGAUUCAAGGAAAAGAUUCCCAUACCGGCACAACGCCCCUGGCCAACCGGAGUGACGCGUUGCUGCUAGCCAGCAAGUUCAUCCUGCACUCUCACCGGAUCGCAACGAAGCACUCGGCACUGGUGACGACCGGCAUCCUGACGGCCUUGCCGGGUUCGACAAAUACAAUACCUGGGCUUGUUCGCUUCACACUCGACGUGCGGUCGCCCAAGAACGAGACCGUCGAGGCCGUAGAGGCGGAUCUGAAGCGCGAUUUCGCCACCCUCGCGUCCGGGCAAGAUGUUGGAGACCUCCGUGCAGGUGGUACUGCCGGCCGCAACGAGUUCAAGGUGUCAUGGACAACGGACAGCGCAACCUCAGCAACAGUGUUCCAUGAGGACUGCAUCAGAUGUGUGAGGGAGGCCACGUCGGAUGUGUUUGGGGACCGGACGAAGGAGUUGGUCCGUGAUAUCUCAUCGGGAGCAGGGCACGACAGCGUCUAUGCAAGCCGGCGGUGUCCUACCACCAUGAUCUUCAUUCCUUGCCGCGACGGCGUCAGCCAUAAUCCAGCUGAGUACUCAACCCCGGAGGACUGUGCACUAGGGACCCAAGUUGUGCUCAAUAGUGUGCUGAGAUACGACGAGCUUCGGAAGGCGGCGGAUGCUUGA